UAGACGGCUUAUAUAAAGCUGCGCUCGCUGCACGCAACUAUUGCGUCGAUCUUGGAUAUUAUCAACGGUCCUCCAAUCAAACAUCUAUCAACUGUCUGUAGCCUACUCACCGGAGCCGAACAACGAUGGCGCACAAGGAGUUCCAGAUCGCGGGGAAGAAGCCCGGGCUGCAGGUGUGGCGUCUGGAGAAGAUGGACCUGAAGCCCGUCCCUUCCGAGGCCUACGGGUACUUCUUUACCGGGGACUCCUACAUCCUGCUGUACACCACGAAGGCGCCAUCCUACUACAUCCACAUGUGGCUCGGGAGUGAGAGUUCAGCGGAUGAGCAAGGAGCGGCCGCCAUCUUCGCCACGCAGAUGGACGAGUUCCUUGGCGGGGGCCCGCAGCAGUUCCGCGAGGUCCAGGGCUACGAGUCGAACCGCUUCAUGGGGUACUUCAAGAACGGCGUACAGUACAAGAAAGGCGGCGCGGCCUCUGGCUUCAAGCACGUAAAGACCAACGAUGUAACUGCAAAGCGCUUGCUGCACCUCAAGGGACGACGCAUCAUCAGGGCUACCGAGGUCGAGAUGUCCUGGGACAGCUUCAACAACAACGACUGCUUCAUCAUUGACCUGGGAAAGGAUAUCUAUCAGUGGUGUGGAUCCAAGUGCAACCGCUACGAGCGUCUGAAGUCCACCACCGUGGCCAUCGGGAUCCGCGACAACGAACGCAGCGGCCGCUCUGACCUGCACAUGGUCGACGAGGGCGACGAGUCGGACGAGAUCAUCGAAGUUCUCGGACCCAAGCCCGACAUCCCAGAUGGAAGCAAAGACGAUGAAGCAGAUCGAGCCAGUAAGAGAACGGCUACGCUCUACAUGAUCUCGGAUGCGACAGGAAGCAUGAAGGCAACUUUGGUGUCCGAGGCUUCGCCCUUCAAACAGGCCGACCUCCUGCUCACUGAGUGUUACCUCCUUGACAACCAGGCCGACAAGAAGCUGUUUGUCUGGAAAGGACCUAGCGCAAACGCUGCCGAACGCAACGCAGCCAUGAAUGCUGCCCAACAAUACAUCAAACAGAAGAACUACCCCAUGCACACCCAGAUUCAGAUCCUGCCAGGAGGGGGGGAGAGCACCUUGUUCAAGCAGUUCUUCUGCGACUGGAAGGCCAAGUACGACACCACCGGCCCAGGAGAGGCCUACACCAUAGGCUCCAUCGCCGUGGUGGAACAGAUUCCCUUCGACGCCACCGCCCUGCACAACAAUCAAGCCAUGGCCGCCCAACACAACAUGGUGGACGACGGAUCCGGAGAGGUCAAGAUCUGGCGUGUGGAAGAGGGUGAGAAGGUAGCUGUAGAGCAGUCCAGCUAUGGGCAGUUCUUUGGAGGGGACUGUUACCUGAUCCUGUACAGCUACAGCCUAGGAGGCCGGAGGCAGCACAUCAUCUACAUCUGGCAAGGUCUUAAAUGCAGUCAAGGUGAACUGACCGCUUCGGCCUUCCUUACCGUCACACUUGAUGAUGAGAUGGGAGGAACCCCUGUUCAGGUCCGUGUGACUCAGGGCCAGGAGCCGGCCCACCUCGUCAGCCUGUUCAAGGAGAAGCCCAUGAUGCUGUUCCUCGGCGGGACGUCCCGUAAAGGAGGCCAAAGCCAGCCGGGAAGCACGCGACUGUUCCACAUCCGCCGCAGCACCACCGGGGCUACGCGCGCCGUGGAGGUGGAGCCAUCUGCUGCCUUCCUGAACACAAACGACGUGUUUGUGCUCAAGUCCGAGGGGAGCGCGUUCAUGUGGCGGGGCCUGGGGUCCACCGAGGAGGAGGAGGCUGCGGCCAAGUACGUUGCCGACUACCUUGGUGGAAGCCUCAAAGAGGUCAAGGAGGGCGGAGAACCAGCUGCUUUCUGGUCGGCUCUGGGUGGGAAGAAGGAGUACCAGACUUCCAAGAGUCUGCAGAACAUGGUGAAACCUCCCAGACUGUUUGGAUGCUCCAACAAGACAGGCAGGCUCAUUGCUGAAGAAGUACCUGGGGAACUAACACAGAUGGAUUUGGCACCGGAUGACAUCAUGCUUCUGGACACCUGGGACCAGAUCUUCCUCUGGAUUGGCAAGGAUGCCAACGAUGUUGAGAAGAAGGGAGCGCCCAAGAUCGCCACAGACUAUGUGUCCUCCGACCCCUCCGGUCGUGGCCCAAUCCCCGUCACCACCAUCAAGCAGGGUUCCGAACCCCCAACGUUCACCGGAUGGUUUCAGGCCUGGGACCCGAAGAUGGGGGACAAUGUCAUGGCCAAUUUCACUUAAACCAACCCUCUCGUCUCUUGGCUGUUUGCCGUAGAAUCCACCUAAUAAAGUACCUCACUUCUUAAAGGUCCCAUAUUUUACCUCCAGUGGAAGUGUGAUUAGCCAUAGAUCUCUGAAGAAUAAGUCCCGCCUCCGAGGCUUUUGGUUCCAUGUUUAAAUGUCUAUGGAAAAUAACGUGUGGGGUUUGAAUGAUCGUACGUGACAAAGUUCAUGCUCAAGUUUUGAACUGCACACAUUUCCCAUCUAGAUUCCAUUUGGGUUUUGGAUUAUGUGGGCCGUUAAAGUAGUUAACUAUUAUUAAUGCUAACCGGGAGCUAGUUCUGAUCUGCGCAAACUUCAUACGUCAUACUUGUUAGGGAGGCGGGAGUUGCUCGCAAUCAUUCACAACCUAACUUGAUUUUAAUUUCACGCUUCAAUGGACGAGCAGCGUUGGUGCCACCUCCUCCGUAGGCGGGCUCUGUUGCCAUUUCGGUGAAGACAAACUAUGAAACAUUGCCGUUUUUAUGAACCUUGACUGGGAGAGUCGUGACGUCCUUAGUCGGCGCAGAUCCGCGUUAGCAUAAUGCUUCUUCAUCAUAGUUAACUACUUUAACGGCACCGACAAUCCAAAACCGAAGUGGAAUCUAGAUGGAAAAAGUGUGUAGUUCAAAACCUCAACAGCUUUUACUUCUUCGCCACCUACAGAUUUUGUCACGUACGAUCAUUCAAAACCCCCACGGUAUUUUCCAUAGACAUUUAAAAAUGGAACCAAAAGCCUCGGAGGCGGGACUUAUUCUUCAGAGGUCUAUUACAAACCGUUUUGAAAAUCUGCCUCUAGUGACAUCACAAGUGGGCGUGUCCACUUAGAUGUGUGCUGGAUUGAUCAGUCUACCAGCCUUUCCAGCGGACUGUAGCAAACAUUGCUCAUCUAUCUGCCACACAUCUAAGUGGUAUAAUAUGGGACCUUUAAGUUACUCUUAGAUGGGGGGAACUAUAUUUAGUAGAUGGGAAAAAUACAUGCAAAUUUAUGGUCAGUUUUCCAUUGUUUUUUUUAUCUUCUUUUCUUAUCAGAUAAUUAUUGAGUAGAACUAUAUCUAAUAAAAAACAAUCCUAUAUGAGAACAUAAUUUUGUGCAUUGUAAACAUUUAAUAUUGGUCCUAAAUGUUGUGAAAUCCAGUCUGCCAGAACUGAAUUGUAAAGAUAAACCUAAUCUAGGUGUGGCGUGUAGCAUUGACAUUCACUACAUACCCCCUUAAAUAUUUUUAAUAAAGUACUCUUCUUGAAAA